AUGGCAACAGACUCCGGCACAAAGUUCAAUGUGGCCGUUAUAGGCUAUGGCCUCUCCGCCAAAGUCUUCCACAUUCCUUUCUUCAACCACAUCCCCCAGUUCAACCUCCACACCAUCAUCCAACGCAACCCGGACAAAGGCCCCGACUCGGCGCCCCGCGACUAUCCAACCGUUAAGCACCACACGUCGCCGGAACCGAUGCUUUCCGACCCGGACGUCGACCUAGUCGCCAUCCUCACCCCGCCCGACACGCACCUGGGCCUCGCCACCCGGUGUCUGGAAGCAGGCAAGCACGUCCUGGUCGAGAAACCCUUCGUCCCCUCCGUCGCGGACGCGGACCGGCUCAUCGCCCUCGCGCGCCGCGUCGGCCGUCUGAUCUGCGUGUACCAGAACCGGCGGUGGGACGCCGACUUCCUGGCGCUGCGGUCGCUCCUCGCGGAAGGAAGGCUGGGUCGCGCCGUGGAGCUGGAUACGCAUUUCGACCGGUUCCGGCCGCAGAAACCCGCCGCCGCCUCGUGGAAGGGUUCGUUGCCGAUGGAGCGGGGGGGUGGGAUUUUGUAUGACCUUGGCAGUCACCUUGUUGAUCAGGCGUAUUGUCUUUUUGGGUUGCCCCGGGCUGUGUAUGGGAGGUUGGUCGGGCAGCGCGAGGGGAAGCUCUUUGGGGGGGAGCCGGAUGGGGUGCAUGCCGUGCUGAGCUACGCGGAUGGCACUGUCGUCACGGUACGUGCCGGGUUCAUGAGCGUCGAGGACCCGCAGCCGCGAUUUUGGCUGCGUGGGACAAAAGGUUCACUCCGCAUCUCGGGGCUGGAUCCGCAGGAGGACCAACUCCGGCGCGGUAUGAAGCCUUCGGAUCCCGGGUUCGGUAUCGACGAGGCAUGGAAGCCCCGGCUGCUGCAGGCUGGUGACGACGGGACUACGAUCCGGGAGGUUCCGUUCGAGACCUCGAAGCCGCCAGCUACGUACAUCGAGUUUUUUGAACAGUUGGCGAGGGCGCUCCAGUCGGGGAGGGAGGAGAACAUCCCUGUGAAGGCUACCGAGGCAAGGGAGGUGUUGAGGAUUCUGGAGGCCGUGAGGGAAAGUGCACGUACGGGACGGGAGGUGAGGUUGCAAUAA